AAGCGGAAUGAGUGUAAGAACAUGUAGCGCUGAAUAAAGUUGAACCUGUUGCAGUAAAGCUCCAGGGAUUUUAUUUCCCUGCUCGGUGUUUCGUCACAACAUGGCGACUUGUUCAGGCGCCAGGGUCGAUUUAAACGCCGAAAACCUUCAGUACGGCGCUAACAUGAUGGAGACUACUGGAGUUUGUGGAAUUGAAGCAGCUACACGUGGCCUUGUGGAGGGUAGCAGUUCCCAUCCAGUUAGUGUGAUCCCUUCUCCAGACAACUUUGGGGAGUUUGGAGGACUGAUUAACACCUGCUGCAACGAAGAGGUACGAGGGGAGACACCCGGAAGAGAAGACUGCCGGAUUGAUCCUCUUGAAGGAGAACUGGAAUCAAGCGGCGAUCAGAACAAGGACCAAAAUAUGUUUGGAAAAGAGGUGCUGUUACUGAUGCAAGCUCUUCACACUUUAUCCACUCCUGAGGAGAAACUCGCUGCUCUUUGCAAAAAGUAUGCUGACCUGCUAGAAGACAGCCGCAGUAUGCAAAAGCAAGUGAAAGUGUUGCAGAAGAAGCAGGCGCAGGUCCUGAAAGAGAAGAUCCAUCUUCAGAGUGAACACAGCAAGGCUAUCCUAGCUCGGAGCAAACUCGAAAGCCUUUGCAGGGAACUGCAACGGCACAACAAGACCUUGAAGGAGGAGAACGCCCAUCGGUUCAGAGAAUACGAAGAACGGCGUAAGGAGGCCACACUACACUUUCAGAUGACUCUGAAUGAGAUCGAAAUGCAGAUGGAGCAGCACAAUAACCACAACACCAAGCUGAGGCAGGAGAACAUGGAGCUGGCUGAGAAACUCAAGAAGCUCAUUGAGCAGUAUGAGCUGCGGGAGGAACACAUUGACAAAGUGUUCAAGCAGAAGGAGCUUCAGCUGCAGCUGGUUGAUGCAAAUAUUCAGAGGAUGGCUGAGCUAAUGAGAGAAGAGGAGGAGAAGCAGCAGAGAGAGAGAGAACUUCUCCUCAAAGAUGCAACAGAAUCAAGACAUAAAUGCGAGCUGAUGAAGGAGAAGGAGCUUCAGUUGAAGCAGAAGCUGAUUCUUUACAUGGACAAAUUCGAAGAGUUUCAGACAACCCUUGCUAAGAGCAACGAAGUGUUCACAUCCUUCAGACAGGAGAUGGAGAAGAUGACCAAGAAAAUCAAGAAGCUUGAGAAGGAGACCACUCUUUGGAGGACCAAAUGGGAGACUAACAACCAGACCUUACUGCAGAUGGCUGAAGAGAAAACUGUUCGAGAUAAACAGUACAAGGUUCUCCAGGGGAAACUUGAGCGCCUGGAGAAGCUGUGCAGAGCCCUGCAGAGGGAACGUGACGAUCUGAGCCAGAAGCUAGGAGUUCUCCAGGGCCCAGCAAAGGAUCCUGAAGAGGAGGGGACGGGACCUCCAGACCCCCAGCCAGAGAAGGCUUUCAGUCUGCAUGAGAAUGUAGGGAUGGAUGGAGAGCUAGAGGGAGAAAUGGAAUGUUUGGCUCCUGAGACAGAGAAGCUGGCACUGCAGCCACAGACUGAGGAGUCUUCAAGAGAGCAUCUUAAUGAUGACUGAGCCGGGCUCGUUGAGGGACGAUUUCUUUUUUUUUUUUUUUUUUUUUAUUUUUUUUUUGUGGAGGUAUAUAUUUUUGUGUAAUAGUUAAUAACAAACAAAAAAAAAACAUUAUUAGUAUGACAACAGCUUUGUACAUCAGUGAUUGGCUUUGCGAAGAGCACUUUUUACUCGCUUUUUCUACCACGUGUAUUUUUCUUAGGAAACAGUCACGUGGUCCAGCAGUGACGACAGCUUUAGCGUCCCACACAUUUCUUCUUCUUUCUGUUCUCCCCUUCCUGCUAAUCUGUAUCAUUAACAACAAAAAAAAUCUGAAAAUCAGAGAAUAGUGUAGCUUUCAGAUCCGGCUUCUAGUAGUAUUUGAAAUAAAAGAAUUCGGAUGCAUAAAUAUCUGUAGUUAACUAACCAACUGUGUCUAAUUAGCAGUGCAGUUGCAGGGCGUUAAUGAAAAGCAUGAGCAUGAUCGGGUUUCUAAGAAGGACUGAUAGGACCUGUUCUUCCAUUUAAAUAGAAAUUUACAGCUCUUAAUGUCCUAGUAUUUCCUAGAUGUCUUAAUGUCCUAGAGUCUAAACUGCCUGGAUCUUUUCUUUUCAACAUGGGAUACUUGGAACUAAGGGCUAGUUUGACUAGUUUAAGGCUGCUAUGAACACAGUAUGUGAAAUGUCAGGACUACUUUGACAAUUUCAGAUAGCAUCAAAGCCGUGGUUUCUGUACACCCGUUUGUAAAAGGGACUGCAGCUCGUCUUUUUCUAAUACACUUUAUCGGAAACUCCUACCAUUGUACAUUUACUACAGCUUGUUUACAAUAACAAAGGGUUCCUUUGUGUGCAUCACGGUACAGUAAGGAACAUACCUUUAAAACUUGACAUUCGGAUUGUGUAGGGAAAGCUACAUGAUAGAAAUGUGGUUUAUAAUCUAAUCAUAGGAAAUGCAGUUCUUUUGAUCAAACUUAUUUCUUUGUAAAUCUAUGGUCUUGUGCCCAAGCAGUUAGACUAAUAUAAAAUACUUAAAUAUUAAUGACUAAAAUUUACCCAAUAAAACCGAACCAGUCCAACUUGAGCUUUAUUGGUUUCUGGACACUUUAAUGGAUCAACCAAUCGACUUAAUAGAGUGGAUUUUUUAAGUCAGUGACAAAAUGCCAAAUUUAGUUGACCAUAUUAUUGUAAUGACUUGAAAUAAGCAUUUAAUAUUUGGUUUCAUGUUUCUUAAAAUCAUAUGAUGUGAAGCAUUUGAUUAACUUGUUACACUUGAGAAUUUUCAUUAUCUGUUAAUGAAACUUUUAGAUAUUAGAUAUUUUAGCCAUUUGCAAUAGCUGUCUUUACUUAUGCACUGCACUUCUAAUACAACAGUUUUCCACUAUAACCGGAAAUAAAACUGUCUGAAAUUCAUUUUUGCUUAAGUUCAGAAGAGGCCUUGACAUUGUUGAUACUUGACAGGAAAUAAUGAAUGUUUUUUUUUUUUUUCCUCCCCCGAGGUAAUAAAAAGUGCAAACGCUAUUGUUCUGUAGCUGUUGCUAAUUAUAUGAAUGUCCCAUGUUAAAAAUUUAUGCAAACUUAAGGCACAUUUGCUUAGCUGAUUCUAAUUUUGUAGUCGUUAAACGGGAGAACAGGGUGUUUGAGAAAGUCACCUCAGGUCCAUAUUGCGCCACCAACAUUCCACAAUUAUUUGACUUUAACACAUUCCUGUAUUUUGGCACAGCUUAUUAAAUGGCUCCCUAUUCAUCAGCAUGGUCAGUGGAAUACAAUUGUUUUAGGAUUUUACUUUUUAAAAUCUUUUUUUGAACUUCGAAAACAAAUGUGGGCAGCUUGAACAUAGUAAAAAUUAAAGUGAUUUGUUUAGCAGAAGAAAUUCUGGACCCUCACCAGUCUCUGACUCGGUUUAGGAAAGACUUUAUUGCACCACUGACUGGUCCCUUUGCUUGAAUUUGUAUUAGAAAUUUGAAUGUUUUAAUGCUCUUAAGAUAAAAUAUCACGUUCCUGGUAUGUGUGACUUUUGGCUUCUCUUUGUUAUGAUUAACCCAGUAUGCAGCGAGGUUUAGUUUGUAAUUGAGGACAAUUUGGUGUUUUUGGUACUGCCAAGUGUGAAGAGUGUCGCUUAUUUACGUUGCUGUUGCACCAGUUUGAUUCUCAGGUUAUGCAAGAAAUCUACCUCCACAGGCAAAACUAACUGUGAAAGAGGCUAAAGGCAGCAAUUGCUAUGUUUUACCCCCAUCCCUUAACUGAAUCUGUGUCACCUCCGAGACCGAAUGCUAUUGUAGCCAUGUCUUGCUUUUCAAUAAAAUGUUUUGUAGAUUUU